AUGACUACAGGUGGAAAUGUUGACCGACAACAGUAUACACGAAUAUCAGAUAUUGUCAAUGAACCACAAGAGAUGCUCAUGCCAAUUCGAGGGUAUGAAAAAAUGCCAAUAGUGUCAUUGGAGGAAGCUGUUAUACCACUUAUUUCGAUUUUACCUGAAAUUCAAGAUUAUGCUUAUGUUGCGAAGCAACGCUGUAAAUCCGUACCUCCCGAUGGUUUAACACAGGAUGAAUCAGCUUCAAUCAUGCUUUAUUCCAUGGAAUGGGAACCACAUGAAGAAUGUUUAUAUUUUGCACUCAAUGCAACACUUCGCACUGAAGAUAGACGAAAAUUAAAACCAUGGUUUUUGUAUUUGAAACUUAUUCUUACAGCACUCGAAAAAUUACCAUCCUCACGAUACUUUGUGUUUCGCGGAGUAAAUUUAAAUUUAAGUGAACAAUACACUGAAGGAAAAACAUUUGUCUGGUGGGGAUUUUCUUCGUGUACAACAUCGAUGGGAGUACUUGAAAACGAACAAUUUUUAGGCAAAACUGGUCAAAGAACAAUGUUUAAUAUCGAAUGUGAUAGUGGCAAAGAUAUCAGUCGUCAUUCAUAUUUUCAAUCGGAGAAAGAAGUCCUUCUCCUAGCUGCUCGACAAUUUAUUGUAGUAUCUUGUCUUCGACCAGCCCCAGGUCUUCAUAUGAUUCAAUUGAAAGAAACAAAACCUCCAAUUACUCUUUUACAGCCGGUUACGAAUCAAUUUGUGCAAAUUAAACCAACACCGGAACAGGUUCAAACAAAAAAGAAUAAAUUUCAACAAUUUGCAAUUACUGUUGCUGGAGGAAACGAAAAAGGACAGGAAUUAAAUCAACUCUCUGAUCCUCAUGGGAUCUUUAUUGGUAAUGAUAAAUCAGUUUAUAUUGCUGAUUGGUCAAAUCAUCGUAUCGUUAAAUGGAAAUUGAAUUCAAAUAUUGGUCAAAUUACUGUAGAUGGGAAUGGAAAAGGAAAUCAAAAUAAUCAAUUGAAUUACCCAACAGAUAUAAUUUUUGAUAAAGAAAAUAAUGCUUUUAUUAUUUCUGACUGGGGAAACGAACGAGUAAUUCGAUAUUUUGAUCAAAAUCAAAUAAAUAAACAAAUUAUUAUUUCAAAUAUUAAAUGUUGUGGUCUGACAAUCGAUAAAAAUGGAUAUAUUUAUGCUUCUGAUCACGAGAAGAAUGAAGUAAGACGAUGGAAACGAGGAGAUGAAACAGGUGAAUUAGUUGCAGGUGGAAAUGGCAAAGGAACUGAUCUUAAUCAACUCAACUAUCCUCGUUAUAUCUUUAUUGAUGAAGAUUAUUCUCUUUAUAUAUCAGAUUCUUUGAAUCAUCGUGUGAUGAAAUGGAAAAAAAAUGCAAAAGAAGGAAUUAUUGUUGCUGGUGGAAAUGGUGAAGGAGGUAAUCUCAAUCAAUUGUCUAAACCUCGAGGGAUAAUUAUUGAUUAUUUGGGUCAAAUCUAUGUAGCAGAUUCGAGAAAUAAUCGAAUAAUGCGUUGGUGUGAAGGAAAAGGUGAAGGUGAUAUUGUUGUUGGUGGAAAUGGUAAAGGGAAUCAAUCAAAUCAAUUGAAUUUACCCCUAGGUUUAUCAUUUGAUAAUGAAGAAAAUCUUUAUGUUGUUGAUAAUAAUAAUCAUCGAAUCCAAAAAUAUGAAAAUAUUUCAAAUGAAACCUUUUUUUAA